AGUACAUUCCAACUAAUAAUAAGGACCAUCGAUCCAUCAUCCACUUUGAGAGAAAGAAGAAUGGAGGAGGUGGAGAAGGUGAAGGCUGAGGCAGUGCAAAUGAUAGGAAUGUUUCAAGUGCUACCAAGGCUCGUAGUGUUCGAUCUAGAUUAUACUCUUUGGCCUUUCUACUGUGAGUGCCGCUCCAAGCACGACACACCUUCUUUGUUUCCCCAUUCCAGAGGCAUCUUGAGUGCACUCAAAGAUGAAGGAAUUGAUGCUGCCAUUGCUUCCAAAUCACCAACUCCCGACAUAGCAACCACCUAUCUUGACAAACUCAAAAUCACCUCAAUGUUUGUUGCCCAGGAAAUAUUUUACAGCUCUACACACAAAACAGAACAUUUUCAGAAAAUUCACUCCAAGACCGGGGUGCCAUAUAACUCUAUGCUCUUUUUCGAUGAUGAUAACAAUAACAUGAAACCGGUUUCAAAUUUGGGAGUUACGAGUAUUUUGGUUAGAAAUGGUUUGAAUCUAGGAGUAUUUAGAGAAGGGCUCACAAGAUUUUCUCAAAACUGGGAUGCCUCAAAGAACAAGCAGAAAAGGCGCAAGUAAAUGUUCUCAGAAAGCAUAUUCUUCCAACCAUGAUGCUUGAGAUUGGAUGUCCAAGUCAAUUUUUCUGUGUAUUUAUAUGGAAUCUCAUCAAUAUUGAUGAAUUAAUAUAUGUGUCUAUAUUACUCUCAAAGAGGUAAAAUAAUGUAUGCCUAAAGCAUGGCAUGAUUGCAUAAAAUUUGAUAUUUGAUCGAAGUUGUGAGUAUUUAGAGUUCA